GUUGUCCUUGUUCAACGUAACGUUAAUGACUUUGUUUUUUGGAAUUUCCAUUUCCAUUUCCAUCUUCCUACAAAAUUCAAUUUCAGCUUCUAUUGAAAAUCAAACUCUAUCUUGGAGAAUUCACUGUCUUCCCAUGGAAUCUAACUCUUCUUCUCCAAAUACCAUUCCAGUUUUCUCCACUUUGGCUUCACCAUUUGACGAAAAUACUGAUUCCAAUAGAAAACCCCUUAGUUUGUGGCCUGGAAUGUAUCAUUCUCCUGUCACUAAUGCUCUUUGGGAAACAAGGUCCAAAAUUUUUGAAACACUUCUUGAUCCCCCUAUUCAUGCUCCUCCACAAAGUCAAUUGCUUACAAAAAAACCCUCAGACAGCAGGACUUCAAUUCUUUAUAAUUUCUCUACUGAUUUUAUACUUAGAGAACAGUAUCGGGACCCGUGGAAUGAGGUCAGAAUUGGCAAGUUGCUUGAGGAUCUCGAUGCUCUUGCUGGCACUAUUUCUGUCAAGCAUUGCUCGGACAUUGAUAGCAUGACUAGACCACUCUAUUUGGUGACUGCUUCUGUUGAUAAAAUGGUGCUGAAGAAGCCGAUCAGCGUUGACACUGAUCUGAAAAUGGUUGGUGCAGUCAUUUGGGUUGGCUUUUCUUCAAUUGAAAUUCAACUUGACGUUAUACAGCCAGCAAAUGGGAACAGUGAUCCCUCAGAAUCAGUCGCUCUGACUGCAAACUUCAUUUUUGUUGCUCGUGAUUACAAGACAGGGAAAGCUGCUCCAGUGAAUCGAUUAUGUCCCGAGACAGAAGCAGAAAAAGUGCUCUAUGAAGCAGCUGAAGCUAGAAAUAACCUUAGGAAAAGAAAGAGGGGGGGAGACAGAAAGGAAAUUGAAAAUGGGGGAGUUAACAGACUUGAAGAACUAUUAGCUGAAGGUAGAAUAUUCUGUGACAUGCCAGCCUUGGCAGAUCGGGACACCAUUCUUCUCCAAGAUACCCGCCUUGAGAAUUCUUUGAUUUGCCAGCCACAGCAAAGAAAUAUUCAUGGUCGGAUCUUCGGGGGAUUCCUGAUGCUCAGAGCAUUUGAACUUGCAUUUUCGACAGCUUAUGCUUUUGCCGGUUUGAUGCCAUCCUUCCUGGAGGUUGAUCAUGUUAAUUUCCUUAGACCUGUUGAUGUUGGAGACUUUUUGCGUUUCAAAUCAUGUGUACUUUACACUGAACAUGAGAGUACUGAUCAACCUCUGAUCAAUGUAGAAGUUGUUGCUCAUGUUACUAGGCCUGAGCAGAGGUCUAGUGAGGUAUCUAAUAGGUUCUACUUCACAUUUACUGUCCGUCCAGAGGCUAAGGCCACAAAUACUCAAUUCAGGAUCCGUAAAGUUGUCCCAGCUACAGAAGAAGAAGCUCGUAGGGUUCUGGAACGCAUGGAUGCGGAUCAUCAGCAGUCAUGUGUACCAACAAAUGAACAUCUCGUGGGAAAAAACUAGAUAGAUGUCAAUUGGGUUUUGACCUGUUUGUAGUAAGUCCAUAGAAAUUUAUCUGUUGAAAAGAGGGUUUUUGCUCAAGUUCCAUUGCAGCCACCAUUGGUACGGAAAAGAGGUAUAUCCAGCUUAGGCUGGUAUUGGCAAAUUAUAGUCAUUUGUUGACCUGAAUUUGAGUGAUUCGUGUUGGAACUCAGUAUUGUUACUGUUUUAUGGUUUGUCCAAACUAAUAAUAGUAACUCUUUGAAAACUUGUUUCUUCGAA